CGCCAGCAGCAGGUAUUCUCGCGAGAUCCAAACUAUCCUACCACAUUCUAGUGCAAGAUGGAGAAGUGGAUGUAACACGCAUUUUGAGACCGUGUAAAGGAAAUCAAAAGCAAACAAAUGGAAGAAUGGUGAUGCUGAUGAACCAAAGCAUUUUCUGGUAACCUGACUGGAAGAUGCUCUGAAUUGGGUAUUGCCAAAUAAUUUUCUGAGCAGCAGACAGAAAUUCUCUACAAUGAAGGUUGACAGAAGCAAAUUAAAGAAAACGCCUACUGAAGCUCCAGCUGACUGCAGGAUCCUUAUAGAGAAGCUAAAGGCAUGUCAUGAUGAACAGCUAUUGGUUGAACUGCAACAAAUCAAGACCUGGAACAUCGGCAAGUGUGAGCUCUACCAUUGGGUGGAUCUGCUGGAUCGCUUUGAUGGGAUUCUGUGCGAUGCAGGCCAGACAGUGGAGAAUAUGUCAUGGCUGCUCGUGUGUGACCGUCCAGACAAUGGACAGCUCAAAGCCUUGCUUUUGGCAGUGCUCAACUUCACAGCUCUGCUCAUCGAGUACAGCUUCUCUAGACAUCUCUACAGUUCCAUAGAGCACUUAACCACCUUGUUAGCAUCAUGCGACAUGCAAGUGGUCCUGUCUGUGCUGAACCUACUGUACGUGUUCAGCAAACGCUCCAACUAUAUCACAAGACUUGGAUCUGAUAAAAGAACACCUCUCCUGGCUCGCCUACAACACCUGGCUGAGAGCUGGGGAGGAAAGGAGAAUGGCUUUGGCCUGGCUGAAUGCUGCAGGGAUCUCAUUAUGACGAAGUAUCCUCCAAGUGCCACCACACUGCACUUUGAGUUUUACGCUGAACCGGGCCCAGAGGUCAAAGUGGAUAGAAAGACAAGUAGUAACACACUACACUAUAUUCACAUCGAGCAGCUUGACAAGAUUUCAGAAAGUCCAUCUGAAAUCAUGGAGUCGCUGACCGUGAUGUACAACAUCCCCAAAGACAAGCAGACACUUCUGUUCACGCACAUUCGUCUGGCCCAUGGUUUCUCAAAUCACAAAAAGAGGUUGCAGGCUGUGCAGGCUCGACUACAUGCCAUUUCUAUACUGGUGUAUUCAAAUGCACUUCAAGAGUCAGCCAACAGUAUUUUAUACAACGGCUUGAUAGAGGAGCUGGUGGACGUCUUGCAGAUUACAGAUAAACAGCUUGUGGAUAUCAAAGCUGCAUCUCUGCGCACUUUAACAUCAAUAGUCCAUCUGGAGAGGACACCCAAGCUUUCAAACAUCAUCGACUGCACAGGCACAGCGUCCUAUCAUGGCUUCUUGCCUGUGUUGGUGCGCAACUGUAUACAAGCAAUGAUUGAUCCUUCCAUGGAUCCAUACCCGCACCAGUUUGCCACGGCGCUCUUCUCAUUCCUCUACCACCUGGCGAGCUAUGAUGCUGGAGGCGAAGCCCUCGUUUCCUGUGGCAUGAUGGAAGCCCUUCUGAAGGUGAUCAAGUUCUUGGGUGAUGAGCAGGACCAAAUCACCUUUGUGACACGAGCAGUACGGGUUGUGGACCUCAUCACCAAUCUCGACAUGGCAGCCUUUCAGUCUCACAGCGGCCUUUCCAUCUUCAUUUGCAGACUAGAGCAUGAGGUGGACUUGUCGCGGAAAGAGUGCCCUUUUGUCAUCAAGCCAAAGAUCCAGAGGCCUAGUGCAACUGUGGAUUCUGAGGACAUGGACACGGACAUGGAGCUGUCAGAAGUUGCCAUGGAGAGUAGCCCUGGACCAUCAACAUCUUCUGGCUCCAGACCGGAGGUUGAUCACCGAGCACAGAGCAGUUCUUCUAACACGCCUCGCACAGGCAUGCAGUGUAUCCCGCAGAGAGCCGCUCUGUUGAAGUCGAUGCUAAAUUUCCUGAAGAAAGCCAUCCAGGAUCCUGCCUUCUCUGAUGGCAUUCGUCACGUAAUGGACGGGUCCCUGCCUACCUCACUUAAACACAUCAUCAGUAAUGCGGAGUACUACGGCCCCUCAUUGUUCCUCCUGGCAACAGAGGUGGUGACGGUUUUUGUGUUCCAGGAGCCAUCCCUGCUCUCCUCCCUGCAGGAUAAUGGUCUCACUGACGUCAUGCUGCAUGCCCUUCUUAUCAAAGAUGUUCCUGCUACCCGUGAGGUGCUGGGUUCUCUCCCUAAUGUGUUCAGCGCUCUCUGCCUGAAUGCCAGAGGUCUGCACUCUUUUGUUCAGUGCCAGCCUUUUGAGCGCCUCUUCAAAGUGCUUUUGUCCCCGGACUACCUGCCUGCCAUGCGGCGGCGACGUAGCUCUGACCCUUUGGGUGACACUGCAUCUAAUUUGGGCAGUGCUGUGGAUGAGCUCAUGAGGCACCAGCCCACUUUAAAGACAGAUGCGACUACUGCCAUCAUAAAGUUGCUGGAGGAGAUCUGCAACUUGGGUCGAGCCCCAGAGUACAUCUGUCAGAAACCAUCUAUCCAAAAAGCAGAUGGCACCGUGGCAGUGCCACCUGCUCGCUCCAGUCACGCUGCUGAAGAAGCUUCAAGCGAAGAUGAAGAGGAAGAAGAGGCCCUCCACACGUUCAGCCAACAGCAGGGGGAGCCAGAGAGCAACAGACAGGUUGUAGGGACAGAGGAACGGAUACCAAUUCCUCUGAUGGACUACAUUCUUAAUGUGAUGAAGUUUGUGGAAUCCAUACUGAGCAACAAUACCACAGACGACCAUUGUCAAGAGUUUGUCAACCAGAAGGGAUUGCUGCCUUUGGUCUCUAUUUUGGGCCUCCCCAACUUGCCCAUCGAUUUCCCCACCUCUGCAGCCUGCCAAGCUGUGGCUGGUGUCUGCAAGUCAAUAUUGACUCUCUCACAUGAGCCCAAAGUCCUCCAGGAAGGCCUGUGCCAACUGGACAGUAUUCUAACAUCUCUGGAGCCACUUCAUCGUCCAAUAGAGAUGCCCGGUGGGUCGGUGCUCCUCAGAGAGCUGGCCAACGCAGGCCAUGUUACCGACGCCACACUGUCAGCGCGUGCGACACCCCUCCUGCACGCCCUAACUGCAGCCCACGCCUACAUCCUAAUGUUUGUCCACACAUGCCGAGUCGGACAGAGUGAAAUCAGAGCAAUCUCAGUAAACCAGUGGGGCUCCCAGCUGGGGUUAAGUGUCCUGAACAAGCUGAGCCAGCUCUACUGCUCUUUGGUUUGGGAAAGUACCGUGCUGCUGUCCCUUUGCACUCCGAACAGUCUGCCCCCAGGAUGUGAAUUCGGCCAGGCGGACAUGCAGAAACUGGUACCCAAAGAGGAGAAGCCAUCUGGCACUUCAGCAACUGCAGUGUCUGGAUCCAGGAGAACUGUAGAAACCGACACUGUGUCUGUGGAUACAGCGGCUGGUGGUCUACUGGAAGGCAUGUGUCUAGAUGGGGACACCUUGGCUCCUAUGGAGACUGACGAACCCUCUGCAUCAGAUCCUAAGUCAAAGUCCAAACUUACGCCAGCCAUGGCCACUCGCAUCAAACAAAUCAAACCUUUGCUGUCUGCGUCAUCCAGGUUAGGCAGGGCUCUGGCUGAACUCUUUGGCCUUUUGGUAAAACUGUGCGUAGGCUCCCCGGUGCGUCAGCGCCGCUCCCACCACGCCACAAGCACAGGCACCACUCCUACGCCUGCUGCUCGGGCAACGGCCUCUGCCCUCACUAAACUUCUCACCAAAGGUCUGAGCUGGCAGCCCCCUCCGUACACACCCACACCACGGUUCAGGCUGACCUUCUUCAUCUGCUCGGUGGGCUUCACAUCUCCCAUGCUGUUUGAUGAAAGGAAGUACCCCUACCAUCUCAUGCUGCAAAAAUUCUUUUGCUCUGGAGGACAUGAUGCUUUAUUUGAGACGUUUAACUGGGCCCUGUCAAUGGGCGGGAAAGUGCCUGUGGCCGAGGGGCUGGAACAUACAGAUCUCCCAGAUGGGACGGGGGAGUUCCUGGAUGCCUGGUUAAUGCUGGUGGAGAAAAUGGUUAAUCCAAGUACCGUGUUGGACUCGCCUCACUCCCUGCCUGCUAAAAUGCCAGGGAUCACUCCAACCAUGCCCCAGUUCAGUGCGCUGCGCUUCCUUAUAGUCACUCAAAAGGCUGCAUUCAGCUGCAUCCGCAGUCUGUGGAACAGGAAGCCACUAAAGGUGUAUGGAGGCAGGAUGGCUGAAUCUAUGCUGGCCAUCCUCUGCCACAUACUGAGAGGAGAGCCUGUUAUCCAGGAGCGUCUGGCCAAGGAGAGAGAGGGCACGACUCGCCCAGAUGAAGAAGGAACGUCCAGUAGUUCUUUGGCGCCCAGCGGACCCACAGGAGGAUCAUCAACCAGUGCCGAAACAUCAGCAACAAGUGGAACUCCCUCUGGAGUGCCAGCUGUAGGCUCAGCUGACGAUUCUACCAUUUCUACUCCUCGACAUGAGCCUCAAGUCAAUCAGGCUCAACUUACUCAGCUCAUGGACAUGGGGUUUUCUAGAGAGCAUGCUUUGGAGGCUCUACUCAACACUAGCACUAUGGAACAGGCCACUGAGUAUCUGCUGACACAUCCUCCUCCCCUUCUUGGUGGAGCAGUAAGGGACUUGACUAUGUCUGAGGAGGACCAGAUGAUGAGGGCUAUUGCCAUGUCGCUUGGGCAAGAGGUCAGCAUGGAGCAGCGUUCUGACUCUCCUGAGGAAGCAGCAAGGAGGCGUGAGGAGGAGGACAGGCGAGCGAGGGAGCGUGCAGAGGAAGAGGAGGCGCGCUGCUUGGAGCGCUUCAUGGAAGCAGAACCUCUGGACCCACAGGAGCUGCACUCCUUCACGGACUCCAUGCUUCCUGGCUGCUUCCAUCUUUUGGAUGAGUUGCCUGACACGGUUUACCGACUUUGUGACCUCCUGAUGACGGCCAUCAAGAGGAGCGGACCAGAGUACAGAGACCUCAUCCUGGGCCAGGUUGUUGACCAGGUGUGGGAGGCUGCAGACGUGCUGAUCAAGGCCGCUGAGCCGCUGACUACCAGCGACACAAAGACCGUGUCUGAGUGGACCCGGCAGAUGGCAACACUCCCCCAGGCCUCGAAGCUGGCAACACGAAUCCUGCUGCUCACGUUGCUCUUUGAGGAACUAAAACUCUUGGGUGCAAGAGUGGUGGAAAGAAGCGGCAUUCUUGAGUUGCUGAUUAAGCUCCUCGAGGUUGUGCAGCCCUGUCUGCAAGCAGCUAAAGAGCACAAAGACAUCCAGACACCUAAAUGGAUCACGCCAGUGCUGCUGCUUAUCGACUUUUAUGAGAAGAUGGCAGUCUCUUCAAAACGAAGGGAACAAAUGAACAAGUUUAAUACUAUGGUGCAGGUAAAUGAAGAGACUGGCAACAGAAGGCCAGUGAUGUUGACUGUCCAGAAAGUGCCUCGCAUAACCAAGCCUUCCAAGGCUGGUAAUGUUACGGACUCCGACAGAGAGGAGGGAGACAAAGCCAAAGUGGAAGAAAGCCAGACCAAUGUGGACUCGGGAGCAGCCGUGGAGAUGAGCGCUCCUAAAGACGACUCCGGCCAGCUGAAAGAGAUGUCAUCUUCUCUGGAGUCCGACUACGCUGAGGGAUCCGACAUUGUUGUGAAGGGCCUGUCUGACGACAUGACCACUGUUCUUAUCCGGGCGUGUGUGAGCAUGAUCAGUGUUCCCGUUGACCCCGACACCCUUCACGCUACUCUGCGUCUCUGUUUGCGCCUUACUCGUAACCACAACUAUGCAAUGAUGUUUGCCGAGCUGAAGAGCACGCGGAUGAUUCUGGGGCUGACCCAGAGUUCUGGCUUCAACGGCUUCACGCCACUGGUGACUCUGCUGUUCAGGCACAUCAUAGAAGAUCCUGCCACUCUGCGGCACACCAUGGAGAAGGUGGUGAGGUCGGCUGUGACCAGCGGCGCAGGUAGCACCACUUCAGGUGUGGUAUCCGGCAGUCUCGGUUCCAGAGAAAUCAAUUACAUCCUCCGGGUCCUGGGGCCUGCUGCCUGUCGCAAUCCGGAAUGCUUUAUUGAAACAGCCAGCAACUGCAUCCGCAUUGCACUUCCUGCACCCCGCGGAGCUGGGACCACAUCUGAUGAUGAAUUUGAGAAUCUUCGAAUUAAGGGACCGAACGCUGUGCAACUAGUGAAGACCACUCCCCUGAAGCUGUCUCCUUUGCCCCCUAUCCCUGAUACCAUCAAGGAGGUCAUCUAUGACAUGCUCAACGCCCUGGCUGCCUACCAUGCUCCUGAAGAACCCGAGCGGCCAGAGGAACGAGCUGCAGCUGCACCGAGCACUCAAGACCUCUGCCAGAUGUUGCAAGAUGUUGGUGAUGAUGUUUACCAGCAGUACCGCCUCACACGGCAGGGGAGCGACUUUGACUCUCAGUCAGCUUUCCAUAUCAACUCGCAAGUCUUUGCUGCCGACGGCGGUCCGGCUGAGUCAUCCCAGUCUGGCACCCCACAAGGUGAAGCCUCCACACCGGAAGAGAUGCGGGAAGAAAAGAAGGAACAGGAAGGUGAGAAGGGUGCCAGCUCUGAGGAGAGCAAAGCUGCUAAAGUGAAGGCAAGCAAGCCUCUCAUGCCUACUUCCACCAUCUUGAGGCUGCUAGCUGAACUGGUCCGCUCCUAUGUGGGCAUCGCCACUCUAAUCGCCUCCUAUUCCUAUACCGCUGGGCAAUCUGAGCUUAUAAAGGAGGAUUGCAGUGUUCUAGCCUUUGUGCUCGACCACUUGCUGCCUCACACACAGAAUUCGGAGGACAAGGACACUCCGGCAUUGGCACGUCUCUUUCUGGCCAGCUUAGCAGCGGCUGGCACGGGCACAGAUGCCCAGGUCGCUUUGGUGAAUGAAGUAAAAGCUGCACUUAGUCGAGCCCUAGCGAUGACAGAAGGUGCUGAAAAACAUGCCAGGCUUCAGGCAGUGAUGUGCAUUAUCAGCACCAUCAUGGAGUCCUGUCCCUCCACAUCGACUUUCUACAGUACAGCAGCCGCCAAGACUCAACAUAAUGGCAUGAACAAUAUCAUCAGGCUCUUUCUUAAGAAAGGACUGGUCAAUGACUUGGCACGUGUGCCUCACAGUCUAGAUUUGUCCAGUCCCAACAUGGCCAACACAGUGAAUGCAGCACUGAAGCCUCUGGAGACUCUGUCGCGCAUUGUUAACCAACCCAGCAGCCUUUUUGGAGGCAAAGGCGGCUCCAGCAAGAGCAAGACGGAACAUGAAACGGUGGGCACUGCCAGGGAUAGCAACAGCAACACACAGGAUCAAGGAGAGUCAGGAGAAACGGAGCCAGUGGACGGCAGCCACAGAGUUCAGGGGGCGGACACUGACCUCAUGGAUGGGGAAGCGGAAGGAGACACAGUGGUCAUCGCUGGACAGCCAGAGGUUCUCAGCACACAAGCUAUGCAGGUUGAAAAUGAGUUGGUGGACCUUAUUGAUGAGUUAUUGGAGAGAGAUGUUGGUACUGCAAAUAGUACAAUUAUAGUUGGACGUAGCGGUGGGGAUGAAUCACAGGAGGAUGUGUUGAUGGAUGAAGUCCCAUCCAACAUUAGCCAGGCGUCCACUCUUCAGGCUAACCGUGAAGACUCGAUGAACAUUCUUGAACCAGAGGAUGAGGAGCAUACACAGGAGGAGGACUCGAGUGGCAGCAAUGAUGAUGAAGACAGUCAGGAUGAGGAAGAAGAGGAGGAGGAAGAAGAGGAGGAGGACCAGGAUGACGAAGAAGGAGAUGAGGAUGAUGACGAUGAAGGGUCAGAGAUGGAGCUGGAUGAAGAUUUUCCUGACAUCAACGCGGCACCUCACAUCCGCUUUGAACGCUUCGACAGGGACGAUGACCUCAUCAUAGAGUUUGACAACAUGUUUUCCAACAACGCUGACAUCCCUUCCUCCCCAGGAAACAUCCCCAGCUCCCACCCUCUAAUGGUGCGCCACGCUGAUCACAGUUCCCUCACUCUAGGCGUGGCUGGCUCCAGCAGCCGCCUGGCGCAGGGCAUGGGUCGCAGCCAGCGAACGCUUCGUCAGCUCACUGCCAAUAGCGGACACACCAUCCAUGUCCACUACCCACACAACCGCCAGCCCAAUCCUCCACUCAUUUUGCAGAGACUGUUGGGCCCCAGUGCAGCAGCAGAUAUUCUACAGCUGUCCAGCUCUCUGCCGCUGCAGUCCCGCGGCCGGGCCCGUCUUUUGGUUGGAAACGAGGAUGUUCACAUCAUUGCUCGUUCCGAUGAUGAGUUGCUGGAUGAUUUCUUCCACGAACAAAGCAGUACUGGGGGACAAGCAGGUACUCUCUCAAGUAUUCCCACUGCCUUAACUAGAUGGACAGAUGAGUGCAAAGUGCUCGAUGCCGAGAGCAUGCAUGACUGCGUAGCAGUGGUGAAAGUGCCGAUCCUGCAGCAUCUGGAGAGUCUAAGAGAUGAGGAACUGGAAGAGCGCAGGGAGAAGAGAAGAAGGCAGCUGGCCGAGGAAGAGGAGUCCAAGCAGAAUGAGAGGAGGGCGUCUGGGGCAGAGCAAGUGAGGGAUCAGAGCCUACAGGGUUCUGGAUUGGGGACAGUUAAUGGUGCGGACAACACUGCAGAGGGUGAGCAGGCUCAGGAGGGUCCAAUGGCAUGCCUGGACGCACCCAGGGUCUCAGAAGGCUUCCUCACUGCUCCCCCGUCUGGAGAGGUCACUCCCACCACCCCUGCUCCCCACGAACAGGCCCUGGUCUCCCUGGAGACCGCUAUUAGUCAGCAAGUCCACCAGCCAAUUGCUGACCUGCUCCUGGCUGAGACGCACGCCAGCUCACUGGCUGCUCUGGCCGGGGCUGGACUUCCGACCCUGUCAGAAAGUCAGAGACCAAACAGCGAAGCAGAAGCGUCUCAGAUGGAAAUGUCCCCGGCUCCUACAACUGGUGAGAGAGUUGGAGGAGGAGGUGGUGAAGGAGGAGCAUUGGAUGAAGGCAGGGAAGCCUCGUUAAGCCCAGAUAUUGUGGAAAGCACUGAGCCUGUAGCGGUUGGCGUGUCGCAGUUGGAGGGAUCCCCCAUGGACACCAGCAGUCCUGCAUCUGCUACUCAGGAAGAAGCUGCUCCCAAUCCUCCGCAGACCACCCAGCUGUCCCAGGAGUUAUCUGGCAGCAGGGAGAGUGGGCUGACUGAUCGGCAGACAGAUGCAGAGACUGGGUACGGAAAAUGCUCCACAUCUGUUUCAUCUCCUGGAGAGACGAUGCCUCGGAGCGACAGUGCUGACAGCCAAUCCCAGGCCAUCCAGGAAGAGCCUCUUCCAUCCACCAGCAAUGACGAGGAGGAUCCGCUAGCUGGAAUCAAUUUGCCAGAAGGUGUGGAUCCUUCUUUCCUUGCGGCCCUUCCAGAAGACAUCCGUCGAGAGGUCCUUCAGAAUCAGCUCGGCAUCAGACCUCCUUCACGUCCUCCUGUUGCCACAACUCUACCCUCCUCUAACACGCCUGUGCUCGGAGGUCCAGGGGUUACAGAGGUCAGCCCUGAGUUCCUGGCAGCUUUGCCGCCUGCUAUUCAGGAAGAGGUUCUUGCCCAGCAGCGAGCUGAGCAGCAGCGAAGAGAGCUAGCGCAGCAGCCUCCACAGGGAGACACUCCUCUGGAUCCGGUCACUUUCAUCCAGACGCUGCCCUCGGAGCUCCGGCGGAGCGUUCUUGAGGACAUGGAGGACAGUGUGCUGGCUGUCAUGCCGCCGGACAUCGCUGCUGAGGCAGCCGCUUUGCGUAGGGAGCAAGAGGUGCGUCAGAGACAGCUAAUGCACGAAAGAUUGUUCGGUCACAGCUCAUCUUCAGCCCUUUCGGCCAUCCUGCGCUCGCCUGCCUUCACCAGCCGGUUGGGAAGCAACCGAGGUGUCCAGUACACCCGUCUGGCUGUCCAGAGAGGAGGACCGUUUCAGAUGGGGGGAGGAACAAACCACAGACCGUCCAGUUCCAGCGUAGAUUCUUUGUUGCGUCUUCGCGGACGAUUGCUGCUGGACCAUGAGGCGUUGUCCUGCCUGCUGGUUCUGCUGUUUGUGGACGAACCGAAGCUGAACACCAGCCGCCUGCACCGUGUGCUCAGGAACCUCUGCUACCACUCGCAGACCCGCGGGUGGGUCAUCCGCAGCCUGCUGUCCAUCCUGCAGCGCAGCAGCGAGAGUGAGGUCUGCCUGGAGACGGCGCGUCUGGAGGAUUCCCGUGGAAAAAGGAGCAACCAGGGCGGCUGCGGGGGAAAAGGUUCAGCCGCCUCAUCGUCAUCAUCCUCCUUAGAGCUGCUGAACAGGGUGGAGUCUCGGAGCUCCAGCCAGCUCUCUUGGCUCUCCGUCUCUAUGGAUGCAGCUUUGGGUUGUCGGACAAACAUUUUUCAAAUCCAGCGGGCGUCGGGCAGGAAGCAUGGCGACCGGCAUUCAGCCGGCAGCUCUACGGCAUCCGGAGCACUAGGAGUACCGGGCGGCGCUGCAGGAGUCACGUGUGCAGCCGGCGGAGGUUCCACAGUUCACAUCCACCCUCAGGCUGCUCCAGUGGUCUGCAGACAUGUCCUGGACACACUAAUCCAGCUAGCUAAGGUGUUUCCAAGCCACUUCACCCAGCAGCGAUGUAAGGACAUUUCAGCAGCUUCCUCUGAUCUGGAUUCUCGCCUUUGUACAGGUUCUUCUGGGGGAGGAAGUGGAGUUGGUAGUUCCAGGUCAGGCUCUCAGCCUCAGAGUAACCCCAAUACUCUAAACUCCCUGAGCUCCUCUAUAGCGACUCCUCAGUCUUUAGGCAUCUCCACGGAUUUCUGGGAUCUGCUCGUUAAGCUCGACAACAUGAACGUCAGCCGCAAGGGAAAAGCCUCGAUGAAGACAAUGCCCCUGGGCGGCGGCGCGGAGGCCGACGGAGCGCAGUUCAGCUUGGAGACGUCCCCUCUUGGACAGCUGAUGAACAUGCUGUCGCAUCCUGUUAUCAGGCGGAGCUCCUUGCUCACCGAAAAGCUGCUGCGCCUUCUCUCCCUUAUAUCUAUUGCCCUGCCCGACAACAAGGCAACGGAGGUGCCUGCUGCACACCCGACCCCACAGACCGCCAACCCGAACAUAGCUAGCUCAGGGUCCACACUGUCGAUCCCGACGCAAGGUCCAGCGUUGGUGGGCUCUGCUCAUCCCACUGUGACGGCGCCUGUUGUCUCAGGAGGAGCCGUAGCCCAGGGAACUUCCUCAGGAACGAGCAUAACCAUCUCACAGGCUUCUUCUACCACCAUCUCUAUACCACCAUCCACUGGACUAACCUCUACAGGAAAGCAGAGGAGCUCUGCUGUGAGUACAGAGAGCGACAAGAUGGCCUCUACAGGACUCACAGAGAAACAACUUCAACUAUCUGUGGAGGUGUUGACAUCUCACUCCUGUUCAGAGGAGGGACUCGAGGACGCUGCUAACAUUUUGCUGCAGCUGUCCAGAGGAGAUGGUUCCACCAGAGACACGGUGCUCAGACUGCUCCUCAGUGGAGCCAGACACCUGGGAUACACUCUAUGCAAGCAGAUUGGCACAUUACUGGCGGAGCUGAGAGAGUACAACUUGGAGCAGCAGAGGCAGGCACAAGCCGACUCCCAUUCCCCAGACGCACCUCCAGAGGACACCUCCUUAUCUGCCAGAUUAAAGGGGAAGAUGACCAGCAGGUUCGAUGGUUCGGAGAGUGUGGUGAUUGUGGCUGCACAGAAGCGCACUCUGGGGGGACGCGAGUUGCAGCUUCCCUGCAUGAGCUCGCUGACAUCCAAAACAUCAACACAGAAGUUUUUCCUGCGAGUGCUGCAGGUGAUUAUCCAGCUGCGUGAGGACACACGGCGUGCCAACAAGAAAGCCAAACAGACAGGCCGGAUAGGCUCCAGCAGCCUGGGCUCAGCCAGCAGCAUCCAGGCCGCAGUGCGGCAGCUUGAGGCUGAGGCCGACGCCAUCAUUCAGAUGGUGAGAGAGGGGCAGCGUGCACGUCGGCUCCAACAGGCCCCCCCACCUGCCGCCCCUUCUGCAUCUGCCGCUGGAUCCUCAGUGGCUGCCCCCCAUGCUCCCACUGGUGCUGCUCCCCCUACUGGCACGGCUGCUGCUGCCACGUCUGAUGUUCAGUCGGCGCCAGAAGCUCAGUCAGCACAAAGAGAUGAAUCUCCAAUGGACGUUGAUCAGCCAUCUCCUCUGGAGCAAGACGCUGCGCCUCUGGACGAAGAAGGAAACGCUCAGUCAGAGAGCGAGGAGAAACUUCCAGACCUCCCUCUGCUCAGUGAGCAGCUGCUGCUGGAUGAACUGUGGGACAUGCUAGGGGAGUGUCUGAAGGAGCUGGAAGAGUCUCAUGACCAACAUGCUGUGCUGGUGCUCCAGCCAGCUGUGGAGGCCUUCUUUCUGGUUCACGCCACAGAGCGAGAGAGCAAGCCUCCUGUUAGGGACACGCGGGAGAGCCAGCUGUCCCAUAUUAAAGAUGAGCCCCCGCCGCUGUCCCCGGCCCCCCUCACGCCCGCCACCCCUUCGUCCCUGGACCCGUUCUUUUCCAGAGAGCCGUCCUCCAUGCACAUCUCCUCUAACCUCCCACCAGACACCCAGAAAUUCCUCCGCUUUGCUGAAACUCACCGCACAGUGCUAAAUCAGAUCCUGCGACAGUCGACCACUCACCUGGCCGACGGGCCCUUCGCAGUAUUAGUCGACUACAUCCGGAUUUUGGACUUUGACGUUAAGAGGAAGUACUUCCGCCAGGAGUUGGAAAGACUGGAUGAAGGCCUUAGAAAGGAGGACAUGGCUGUUCAUGUGAGGCGCGAUCAUGUGUUUGAGGACUCCUACAGGGAACUGCACCGCAAGAGCCCCGAGGACAUGAAGAACAGACUAUACAUCGUAUUUGAAGGGGAGGAGGGUCAGGAUGCUGGUGGCCUGCUCAGGGAGUGGUACAUGAUCAUUUCUCGGGAGAUGUUCAACCCCAUGUACGCCCUUUUCCGCACGUCACCCGGCGACCGCGUCACCUACACCAUAAACCCCUCGUCUCACUGCAACCCCAACCACCUCAGCUACUUCAAGUUCGUGGGUCGCGUUGUGGCCAAGGCGGUGUACGACAACCGGCUGCUGGAAUGCUACUUCACUCGCAGCUUCUACAAGCACAUCCUGGGCAAGAGUGUCAGGUACACGGACAUGGAGAGCGAGGACUACCCGUUCUUCCAGGGUUUGGUGUACUUGUUGGAGAACGACGUGUCCACACUGGGCUAUGAGCUGACGUUCAGCACCGAGGUCCAAGAGUUUGGAGUGUGUGAAGUCAGAGACCUCAAACCGAACGGCGCCAACAUUCUUGUCACAGAGGAAAACAAGAAGGAGUACGUUCAUCUGGUGUGCCAGAUGAAAAUGACUGGCGCAAUCCGCAAACAACUGGCAGCCUUCCUUGAAGGGUUCUACGAGAUCAUCCCCAAGAGACUGAUCUCCAUCUUCACCGAACAGGAGCUGGAGCUGCUCAUCUCUGGCCUGCCUACCAUCGACAUCGAUGACCUGAAGGCCAACACUGAAUAUCAUAAAUACCAAUCCAGCUCCAUUCAGAUCCAGUGGUUCUGGAGAGCCUUGCGGUCCUUUGAUCAGGCAGACCGGGCCAAGUUCCUGCAGUUUGUCACCGGCACAUCCAAGGUUCCCCUCCAGGGUUUCGCUGCUCUAGAAGGCAUGAACGGCAUCCAGAAGUUCCAGAUCCACCGCGAUGAUCGAUCGACUGACCGUCUGCCAUCUGCUCACACCUGCUUUAACCAGCUUGACCUUCCAGCCUACGAGAGCUACGAGAAGCUGAGACACAUGCUGCUGUUGGCCAUUCAGGAAUGCUCAGAGGGGUUCGGACUGGCUUAAAUCAUGAGACUCAGACAUGCAUACACCUAAUUAGUUUGCCUACUCCUGACACAUUCACACUGAUAACCUCUGAACGCACGCACACACUAUCAUAGACAUUACUGGAUUACUUGUUGAAUGGCCUAGUCUCGCUGGUUUCUAUUCCAUAUAAAACCGAUAAAACCAGCGAGUGAAAUAGACUGAUUGAUAUUGCGUACAACACAGAGAGCCUCAUUUGGACACGCUCGUGUCUCCCUUCCCAAUUUAUCGCAAAUGCAAGCGAGGAUUCAUGGACUAAUAAGAGAUGUUUUCUUCAUUUAGUUUGAUUUCUCUGUACAAAAGGUUUGGGAGUUUAUUAUGUUCAAUCUUUUUUGUUCUUUGGCUGUGUAAAAAGAAAAAAAAAAGAAUGUUGUUUGAACAGGAUGGUUAUAAAACCUUUGGGGGAAAAAAAAAAGAAACAAAAAACAUGUUGGUGGUUUCCUGUUGCAAAUUUGUGACAUCACAAGCCUUGACAAUGGGGGACAUUUUUAUGGGUUGGGGGUGUAUGAACAACUCGAAGUUUUGGGGAUAUUCACCAAAAUGCACUUUUCAAAGUUUUGUGGCAUUUUUAAGGAAGGAUGGUACAAACAAUGAAGAGAAAACCUUAAAGUGAUUUAAAAACAUUAACCAUAAAUUCUAGAGUAUUUUUGGCUAUUAAACCGCUGACCCAGCCUUGAGCCUUUGAAUCAGAGUGGAAUAACUACAUGAAUAAAUGCAUAAAAUUUCA